CCAAGAACGACUCAAAAANNUAUGCAUCAGAUCCUCAUCGUCGGCGGUGGUCCCGCAGGCUCCAGCACAGCCUUCUGGCUCGCAAAAGCAGGCUUCAAAGUCACGAUCGCCGAACGCUCCACUAUACCUCCCUACGGCCAAGGCAUCGACAUCACAGAUGAAGCUGUCGAUGUAGUAAAGAAAAUGGGCCUGUGGGAAAAGAUCAAGGAGAAUACUACUGGAGAGAGCGGAUUUGCUCUGUUGGAUGAUGCAGGGAAUAAGAUUGGGAGUGUAGGGACUAAUCCGGCUGAUCAGAGUAAGACGGCUUUUUCGCCGACUAACGAGAUUGAGGUACAUAGAUGCACAGUAAUCGAGAUCCAAGAAGGGUCAUCUUCCGUGACAGCAAUCCUCUCAGACACCAACCAAGCGGAAGAGUACACCGCAAUCAUCGGCGCAGAUGGUGUCACUUCUCGAGUACGAAACCUUACUUUCGACAAAGCAGCAACCGAGAACUGCUUCAAGCAAACCGAUACCUAUGUGGCAUACUUUUCCAUGCAAGUCGACCCCAAACACCAGAUGACCUACUCAGUCUUGCAACACGCCAACAAAGGACGCAUUCUCUGGCUGCGACCGAUUGACAGGACCGGAAGUCGAGCUUCUGGUUAUAUGAUUGUCACCACAACCGAUGCAGCAGACCUGCAACAAGCAGCUAGACACGGGACAGUAGAGCAACAAAAAGCACUCUUGGAACAGCGAUUCGAGGGCAUUGGUGGCAUCAAGGACAGAGUACUAGAAGGCAUGAAGGACUCCGACGAUUUCUACUUCACCAGAGUCGUGCAAGUGAAACUUGAUACUUGGCAUAGGGGUCGCUGUGCUCUGGUCGGUGAUGCAGGAUACUGCCCUUCCCCUCUGACAGGACAAGGCACCACCAUGGCACUCAUCGGAAGUUACAUUCUCGCAGGAGAACUCACAGCCAACCCAGAAGACCCGGCCGCUGCCUUCACCAACUACAAGAAGAGGUUUGAAGGCUUUGUACAGGAAAAUGGCUCCAUUCCGUUGGGAGGAAGAGCCCCCAAGCUCGCCGCUCCGCAGUCAGACUUGGAAGUUUUUCGAAUCUCUUCCAUCUUUGCCUAG